AAGCUCACCACAGUCAGCUGACACACCACGAAGAAGACCCGCAGGAUGAUGAAGAAGUAGAAGAGGUGGAAAUUUCGUGUAACUUUGCCUGCAAGAAAUCCAAAGGUCUGCUAGCUACUGCAAUGAUAUCUAUAAAGGACGACGAAGGUCACGUGACUCCCCUUCGUUGUUUAAUUGACCCAGGGUCAGAAUCAAGCUUUUUAAGUGAACGCGCAGCACAAGCUCUGCGAGUCAAGAGGUCACCAGUGAGAGGAACGGUUACCGGUGUCGGCGACCUCCAGAUCAAGAUCAACAGCGUAGCACAUGUUCAAGUACUGUCAAAUCAAGAUGACAGUUUCCAGCUAGAUGUCAAGGCUUAUAUAAUGCCCUCAAAGCUCACAUCACAACUACCAUCAAGGAAGAUUAAGUAUGACCCACAAGCCUGGUCACACAUACAAGGACUCACUCUGGCUGAUCCUAAGUUCCACCAGCCAGGGCGAGUAGACAUGCUACUUGGCGUAAAAGUGUAUGCACAAAUACUAGAAGGAAAGGUUAAGAAAGGUCCACCUGGCACUCCAUGCGCCCAAGAAACAAGCCUAGGUUGGAUAAUAUUCGGAGAUGUAGAAGGCACAGCAGACACUUUACAAGAAACCAUAGUUGUGAUGCAUCAUCAGGUCGACGUAGACGACAUGUUAAAGGCAUUUUGGGAGAUAGACACUACAGAUACUAAGAAGAGUCUCACGAAAGAAGAAGAAAGGUGUGAAAUGAUUUACAAGGAGACACAUACAAGAAACAAAGAAGGAAGAUACAUAGUAACGUUACCAUUCAAAAAAGAAGAACCACUAUCUCCAAAGGGACACACAAGAGACAUCGCCAUGCUGAGACUGAAACAACAAGAAAGAAGAUUUGAAAGGGAUCCUGAUCUUAAGAAUGAGUAUGUUAAAGCUAUAGAAGAAUACAUGAAUCUAAACUACAUUGAAGAAGUUCCGGAAGGAGAAGUUAACAAGGAGGCAGUAUACCUACCAUAUCACGCUGUGAUUAAAGAAGAAAAGGAAACUACAAAGACUAGAAUAGUCUAUAAUGCGUCUUCUAAAGGCUCUAAUGGCGUAUCCCUGAACGAUGAGCUCCUAGUCGGUCCUCAUCUACAGGAAGACAUGCGAAAUCUAGUCAUGAGAUGGCGUAUGCGACGCGUAGCCAUGAUAUCAGAUAUAAAGAAGAUGUACUUACAGAUUCUGAUGAGUCCGAAGGAUACUGAUUUCCAGAGGAUACUAUGGCGCAAAAAUACAAGCGAUCCAAUCAAAGAUUAUCGACUGCUUCGCGUAACUUUUGGCACUGCUUCUGCGCCUUAUCUUGCUGUCAAGACGCUCCAACAAUUGGCAGAAGAUGAAGGCAAGGAGUACCCGCUUGCAUCGAAAACAAUAAAAGAAGAUUUUUUCAUGGAUGACCUGAUGACCGGGUCAGACACCGUGCAAGAGGCUGUAGACGUUGCCAAGCAGAUCACUGAAAUACUGAAGAAAGGAGGGUUUGCUCUCCAAAAAUGGGCUUCCAAUAGCACUGACUUCCUUAAAGAAUUUGAACCUUCAGAGAGAAGUACGCAUGUCAAGAUUGAUUUCGAGUUAGGGGGUACAAUCAAGGCCCUAGGACUGUGCUGGAAUAUGGGCGAAGAUAUCUUCCAGUACACUUUACACUUACCAGAUCCACCUGAAGUCAUCACGAAACGAAAUAUAUUGGCUGACAUUCAGCGACUUUUUGAUCCAUUGGGCUGGAUAUCUCCGGCGUUACUACCUGCAAAAAGAAUUAUCCAGAAACUUUGGCUCUCACAUGUUGGCUGGGACCAUGAAGUAAACGAAGAGAUAAAGGAAGAAUGGCUCAGUCUACGAAAUGGACUAGAUGAAAUUAAAAAUAUAAAGCUGGAUAGGUGGAUGAAUACGACACAAGACUCGAUGGAAGAUGUCACUAUACACGGCUUCUGCGAUGCAUCUAAUUAUGCCUAUGGCGCCGUGGCUUAUCUUCGCGCUAAAACACAAGAUGGAGAAUACAAGACGACACUGAUAGCAGCCAAAACAAGAAUAGGACCUGUGAAGCCAAUGAGCGUCCCAAGACUUGAACUGUGCGGAGCUGUUUUACUAUCGAAACUGCUGAAACAAAUAAGCGAAGCAACCCGCAUACCUACCAGUAAGAUGUACGCUUGGACAGACUCCACAAUUGUGUUAUCCUGGCUGCAUGGAGAUCCUGCAAGAUGGCAAACAUUCGUAAGAAAUAGAGUGGUUGCCAUACAAGACAUAAUUCCCAAUCAAUGGUACCAUGUUCGAACUACGGAGAACCCUGCUGACAUUUCAUCACGAGGCAUGGCGUUGAGUGAACUGAAGAACUGUGGUCUCUGGUGGCAUGGUCCGCAGUGGCUGAAACAUAAGAACAUACAAUUAGAACACCCAAUAAUUGAAGAGACAGACCUGGAAAUGAAAAAGGUAACAAUACAAGUUAACCUAAAUAGAGAAGAAAAUACAGAAGUCUACAAAACAUUACCUGAAAAAUUUGAAGACUAUGAUACUUUACCUGAUUUACUGAAGUCCAUUGUUUAUGCCAGAAGACUCUUGACGUACCUGAAAGAGAAAACUACAAACACGGAAAAGACAAUAACAACACAAGAAUUAGAAAAGGCACUACUAGUAUGUAUAAAGGCUGUGCAAGCCGAAUAUUUCAAUGAAGACAUAGAAAGCUUAAAAACAAGAAAAAGAGUAAGCACUAAGAGCAAAUUAAGAACUUUAAACCCUUACCUUGACGAAAACGAUAUCCUCAGGGUGGGCGGUAGAUUAUGCUAUUCUGAGUUAGACGAAGAACGAAAGCAUCCUAUCAUUUUAUGCAAGUGUCACUUUACAUACCUCAUCAUGCACGACGCCCACCGAAGAACCUUACAUGGGCGAUAUCAGCUGACCCUGAAUUAUAUAAGGUCGAAGUACUGGAUCUUAAGAGUAAAAGGAUUGCUAACAACUUACCUCAGAAAAUGCCUCAAAUGUGCAAGACAUAACGCUGCGACUAGAGAUCAGCUGAUGGGAGAUUUGCCGAAACAAAGAGUAACACCUGCCAAGCCCUUUUUGAAUAGCGGUGUUGAUUUUGCCGGACCUUAUCAAAUUUUGAUGUCUAAAGGUCGAGGUGCUAAAACAUGUAAGGCCUAUAUAGCAAUUUUCAUAUGCAUGGCCACCAAGGCUAUACACCUCGAAUUGGUGAGCGACCUAACAUCUGAAGCAUUCAUCGGUUCUUUUCGAAGAUUCGUUGCACGACGGGGCCGCUGUGCUCAUAUCUGGAGUGAUCAAGGCCGUAACUUCGUGGGUGCUAGCAAGGAGCUCGCUGACAGUUGGCAAGAGGCAAAACUUGAGUUUGACGGGGAAAUUGCAGGAAAACUAGCCCUCGAUGGUACGCAAUGGCAUUUUGUGCCAGCCUAUAGUCCUACGUUCGGGGGAUUAUGGGAGGCUGGCGUCCGCUCAAUGAAGUACCACCUGAAACGAAUCAUCAACACGCACCUGACCUAUGAGGAAAUGAGCACGAUACUCUGCCAGAUUGAAUCUUCCUUAAAUAGUAGACCUCUGUGUCCGAUUGACGAGAAGAACAUCGACAGCAUGGACGUGCUUACGCCAGGCCACUUCUUACUUACCGAAGCACCGAUUACCGUCCCUUCUCCAUCUCUCAAGGACGCCAAAAUAAGCAGUUUGAGCCGUUGGCGACACACUCAGAAAUUAGUCAACGACUUUUGGCGGCAGUGGCUGCAAGAAUAUUUAUGCCGGCUGCAACAGCGUCCCAAAUGGCUUAAGAGACGAGAAGAGCUAGAGAUUGGUCAAAUAGUCGUGAUAAAAAAUGACCACUUACCACCUGGGAAAUGGCAACUUGGACGCAUAGUGGAUAAACACCCGGGCGCUGACAACUUAACCCGUGUAUACAGUAUUAAAAGUGGUGAUUCAAUCAUAAAAAGAACUAUUACCAAAUUGUGUCUUAUGCCCGUUGAUAAAGAAUCUUAA